AUGGCCCCAAACAAUCCCCAACUCCAUCCUGCUGCCACCUUCAACAAUCAAGGGUUUCACAAACCGUCUCGAUACCUUAGGUAUCUCACUCAUUUCUAUAAUCGUCCCCUCUAUCCAUCCUUUCCCAUUCAACCUUCUGCCUUCAGGAAAUAUGAUCUGGAUGUUCCUGAUCUUAUUCACAAGCUUGGCUGGGAUUCUCUAUUUGAGAACCAACGAUUCAGCCAGUGUCCUGAAGGGGUCAGGAUGUUCUAUGCUACCUCUCUCUUGGCUGAAACUCUUGACCUUCCUUGUUUCGGAUCUUCUGCUGCCACCAAUGAUGACUUUGCUUCCAUUGGCUUUGAAUUCGGCUCAGCCAUUGAAUCCCUCACCUAUGACAUUGGGAGAUACUACCCUUCCAAACUAACUGUGGGUCGCCUUGCAGAUAAGUUUAAAUUACUUCACUUUUUCAUCACAAGGGUUCUGCUUCCUCGUAGUAUUUUCUCCGCUGAACUUGUGCAUCCUGCUAAUGCCUGGAUCAUGGUGAAUGCUUGUGAUGGGGUCAAACUUAACUUCUCUAAGCUCAUGUUUGCUCAUAUGAUUAAGUAUGGCGACGAGAAUUAUUCUGGCCCUCUUCCUUUUGGCCCCCAAAUCACUCGUCUGCUGUAUCGAGUUGGAAUUGACCUUCGCGAUAAAUGGCUGGUGUGUGAUGUUCGAGAAGAUCUGCGUGCUCAACACAUUCUUACUCGUGUUGACACCCAGGUUGGUAGGAGAAAGCCUGCCGUUUGCUCAGGGGGAGAGUCUGCUGAUGCUACUGCUGACGAUCCUAAGCAGUUGAUUCCUGCCCUUGUGGAGGCUGCAUCUGCAGUACUCAACAGACAAAUCACUGCUAUAAAGCGCAAAGAACUAGCCAGCUUAGAAUUCCAUCAUGGUCGGAUCAAGAUGGAAAAGGAGUCUGAGUUAUCCAACACUCAGGAGGAAGAAGCAGAGGGCAUAUCGGAUUAUGAGUCGCCACCCGAAUAUGCUUUUUAA